GUGUUUGUCUAUCUAGUGCAUCCCCAAGUUUUGUAAAACUACUAAACGGCGAUAGCUUGACCAGCGUGUUAAUUUGUAUUUGUGUUGAAGACUCUUAGAUUCAGUCAUUGUUAAGUUUAUAGAUUCAUAAAAUCAUGGACUUGUCCGAUCCCAAUAAUAAACUAGAUGAAGCCACAAUGGUGGACGAGGAGGAGGCGCAACAAGAAAAAUUACUUUCCAUAAUGUGCAGUCUUCCACAGUACGAGCCCUCCCUAGAAAUGAGGAAAGCCCUGUGGAAAAAUUUUACCAGCAAAAGCUUGUCUAACAAUAAUGAGGUUAUAGCAAAAUAUCUACAAGAUCAGCAGCUGGACUGCAACAAUUUUGCGGCUGUGCAGCGCACAUUACUAAACAUCGAGGAUUUGUCCACCAUGUACUUGUAUACACAGCUAAUGCAAACAGACGUCAAGCUUGUCCGAACCUCGAAGUUUCAGUUUAAUUUUCCAUUGCGUAACUCGCAUAUCAAUGCCGAGGAUGUGCUGACACCCAAUAUGGACGAGGUAGUUAUUAUACCCAAGGCUAGUUUGUUGGCCUCCCCACCACUCUCUGAUGUGCUUUUGACGCUGUUUCCACAUCCUCAUGAACACCUCAAAUCCACCGAUCCAAUGUGUCGUCAUGUGGCCAUUGUAGAAAAGGUUUCGCGCACACUUAUUCAAAUUAAAUUCAAACGUGGCUCUGGGUUAAGAGACUGUCAGUUGGGUCAAUAUUUUGAUGUGAUAAUACGCUCCCGUCGCUUGCCCCUGCGUUACAUGUAUCGAGCUGUGGAGCUGUUGGAUGAAUGGCCCGAGCUGCGCCUUUACCUCUUUCCCGGUCAAAAGUUGAAACCGUUGCUUUCAGCAUCCAACCGUGCUGUUACAAUUGAUCUAUUCAAUGGAAGUAUUGCCUCAAAUUCAGAGCAGCUACAAGCCGUGCAACAAAUCGUGACUGGACCAAAUGCUAUGGCACCUUAUAUUGUGUUCGGACCACCAGGCACCGGUAAGACGACCACCAUUGUCGAGGCCAUUCUACAAUUGCGCCUUCAACAGCCUCGAAGCCGCAUUCUUGUAACUGCCGGUUCGAAUUCAGCCUGUGACACAAUCGCAUUACUGAUAUGUGAGUUCUUUGCUGUCAAUGUAAGGCUUAGGGCGCACAUAGCAAAACGUUCGAUGGAAUCGCGCUUGGUAACGAUGGAUGUGAAGCCCACACAUCAGCUAAUACGUCUUUUCUCGCGGUCAAGUUACGGCAAGGGACUGAAGUCCGUAAAUCCGUUGCUGCGAAAGCACUCCAACUGCCCGGGUAAAACAUUUGAAACCAUAGAUGUGGACGAUUUGCGCCAGUACGGCAUUAUUGUGGCCACACUGUGUACAGUCGGCCGGCUAAUCACCGAUAAUUUGGGUAAAUUUAAUUUCUUUACCCACGUGUUCGUCGACGAGGCUGGUGCUUCUACAGAGCCGGAAUCGCUGAUUGGUAUUAUGGGGAUAAAGCAGCAGGCGGACUGCCAUGUUAUAUUGUCUGGAGACCACAAGCAACUGGGCGCCGUCAUUAAGAGUGACCGUGCUGCCUCCUUAGGUCUCGGCAACUCGUUAAUGGAACGUCUACUCCGCAGUCCCUGUUAUGCUCUAGACGGGAAUGGAAACUAUGAUCACACGAUUCAAACGCGGCUACGUCGCAACUAUCGGUCCCAUCCACAGAUCGUACGUCUUUAUAAUGAGCUUUACUACAACAAUGAACUCUUAGCGGAUGCCCAGCCGGCCGAUGUCAAUAUGGCAGCUAAAUGGUCGUUGCUACAGAAUGGAGACUUUCCAAUAAUAUUUCAGGCAACACAUGGAGUGACAGAGCGCGAGCAACACUCAACCAGCACGAUCAAUACGCUGGAGGUGAAGGUGCUUAAGUGGUAUGUGCAGCGACUGUUCUUAAAUGGCAUCAAAGGCGCAUGUGUGCAGCAGAAGGAUAUUGGCAUUAUCGCACCUUAUGCCGCUCAGGUGCGGCUGCUUAAAGAAUCGAUGAUAAAAUUGGGCUACCAUGACAUUGAAGUUGGCUGUGUGGAGGCCUAUCAGGGCCGUGAGAAGCCCAUCAUUCUAGUUUCGUUGGUAAGAUCGUUCUUCAAUCUGGGAUUUUUGCGCAAUCCAAGGCGCCUUAAUGUGAUGUUGUCACGUGCAAAGUCAUUGCUUAUCAUAAUUGGAAAUCCUGUGACCCUACGUCAUCAUCGAGACUUUAAAUUCAUUAUUAAUGAGUGUAAAAAGCAUGGAAACUAUCUAUACAAAAAAAAGGAUGUUGAUUUGUGGCAAAAGCGUUUAUUAAACUACGAGGAAUUGAGCGAUGUAGAAGAUGAAAGCGAAUCGGAAUUUGAUGACAAUGAGGAGGAACCCGAACUAAAAGAACAUCCAUGGUGCGCAAAAAUGCCAGACGAUAUUCCAGUGACCGUGACAACUAUCGAGAAAGGUUCAGGUUCAAUGGGCGCAGCGGAGGAUGACAGCAGCUCAGAGUGCAGUAGCAGCAGCAGCAUCAGUAGCGGCACCGUAAGUAGUACUGAUAGUAAUAUAGAAACUACUACUACGGAAAAGAUCAUCAUUAGCACACCCUUUUUAAAAGCAUGUGCUGUAGCACCCAACAGCACCAGGAAAAUAUUGCAGAUUGUGGAUUCGAAGUAAUCUAUAGGUAUGUUUCUCAAUUGGCUCAACUUGGCGUCUAUGUAGGUCAUUACAAAACAUUAUCAAGCGUUACCAUUAUUGUUAUAUGUUUAUGCAUGUUCUUAAUAAUUUGUAACUGAAAGUUCCUGAAUGUUGAUUUGUGAAUUUUUUAUAUUAUUUGUUAAAUUGCUUAAGACCAUGCUUUGAAAGAUCAGCUAAUACCUUACAUUUCUUUUCUAAUUCGUUUAAAUACACACUGAACCAUAAAAAUAAAAUGAGAAUAAGAAAUAAGAACAUUUUUUAAA